AUGGCGUUGCGUAACAACAUGAGACACAUCUUGAACGAGGAGUCGUUACUGAACGCUUCGUCUCGGUCGGCUUCGAGAGCUCGUACGCCAAAAGUGGAUGGUGAAGAAAAUGGUCAAUUAGACAUCAAUUUUCUGAGCAUUGAAGAACUUUUAACCACAAAAUUGGAAUCCUUGCAAGCAUUAUUGGAGCUGCAGCUCGGCCAGACCGAUGAUUUGGGGAUGGAAUCGACGAGUAAUCAAGAUAUCAGGCAAAAACAAAUAGGACAACUCAAUAAGGCCAGAAUACAGUCUGGUCUGACCACCAUAAAUGACAUCAUAUAUUCACUUUCAUUGCCACGAAAUGAAAUCUCGUCACAACUGAGAGAGCUUCUUCUUGCUCAGCUUUAUAAGCUCAUUGUUUCCAAACCUUUAGUGACAUAUAAUGAAGAGAAUGCUGGCUCAAGCUCUUAUGUGUCCGACGACAAAGUCAACGAAUUAAUCAAGAUCUUCUUGAGUAAGAGUUACCGUUCAGACUCAGAAUUCCUAUUGAUGUUCCGGUCUUGUAUUGCCCUUAUUUGCAGCGAUAUUGAGGAAUUUGGGUACCUUGUCUCAGCAGAAUUUCUAGGUGCUAUCCAACAACUUCUUGUCGAUCCGCCUACUUCGGUGGUAACCAACGAGAACAAGGCGAAUCUCGUCACUGGGCUCUGUAGCUUGCUCCUUGUUUUGCAUAACGGCUCUUCGAGUUUCGGUAUUGACGAGAAGGUGGCCGAGCUUUUGGAUAUUGCAGAAGGCACAGCUAAAAGCGCUUUAACUUUAAGCCAACAAUUGGAAGCUGGUGACAGAGAAUACUCGACUUUGUUCGAUGCUAAUGCCGACAAGCAAAUUGUUAAUGAAGCUACCCAAAAGGUGCGAUCCGAAGUAAACUUUGCCGCGGCAACUUUACAUGGUGCUGGAUGCUUGCUAACUUUAAUGCCUCGUGGUUCCUAUUUGAACGAUUUCAUUUCCGAACACAUGCCCAAACUAGUCGAGAUGGUGGACGAUGAUGUUAAUAUUGAAGUUGCCAAAGCCGCUGGUCGUGUUAUCGGCUUGUGCUACGAGGUAUUUUCCUACUCAGAGGAGGAAGAAGACAACGAUGAUGAGGACGAAGAUUAUAAUUAUAAUGCACCAUACUACGAGCAAGCGGCAUUGUUCUCAGUAAUCGAAAGACUAGCGAACAUUUCCACCAAAAAGGUUUCGAAGAAGGAGAGAAAGGAGGCACACUCAAUCUUCAGGGACAUCCAAGCCACUCUUAUCAAUUACACCGAUAUCGAAAAGCGAACAGCUAUAUAUCGAAAAUCACAAGAAGGACAAGAAUUAUUGAACUCAAUGUUUGAUUCGACAUAUAUCAAACUCUCAAAAACUAGAUCGUUGCCUAUUAACAGUUGGUUCUUAUACCUUCGAUUAAUCCAUUUAAAGUGGUGCUUCAGUUUUGGCGUUCACAACCAGCUCGUCAGUAAUGACAGUAUCAGGGACAUUUUGAGAGAGCCAGCAACAGAUUACGAACUAAAGUAUGGAACGUCAGGGGACCAUGCUCCCGAUGACGAUGCAGCUCACCAUGCCAAUACAUCAGACAAAUAUGGUGACGAUGAAGUCAAGCGAACUCAGCGAAUUAGAAAGGCUAGGGUGAACAAAUUAGCACUGGAGAUGGAUGAACUAGAGUUGAGAUAG